AAGUUCACAUUGUUCAGUUCGGUGAACAGUUAUUUUGAACGGUACUUGUCCAACGAAGCAUCUCUUUAUUUCCUGGAUUAUUUGGAGUAAUUAAAGGAUAAUGACGCCGGUUACUGCAUCCGGAGUUGAAGUAGAAGAAGAUCGGAUCCAGAAAAGGGUCAAUAAAAUUCUGGAAACCCGUUUGGAUGCCGAGAAAGAUACCUUGGAGGCUUUGCAAGAUUUGUCAAGCUUCUUCACGGAAAACACCCUACAAAAUAGACGAAAUUUACGUUCCCGCAUCGAAAAACGUUCUGUUUUUAUUAAUGAUGAAUUUCUGAAGGCUUUUCGUGAAGUCAAGUCCAGCCUCGAUUUGGUAAUUACCGAUUUGGAUACGUUGGCAGAUUCCGUGCAAGCUAUGAAAAAUGAUUUGGAAUCAUCGAAAGCCUUAACACAUGACCUAAUUAAGCAAACUAAUUCGCUGCAAGAAGAACGUGACCGCUUGCAGGUACAUAAGCAAAUUGCAGAGGCAUUCCUGGGACGUUUCCAGCUGAGUGUGCCGGAACAUCAAAUGUUGUAUGGUACUUCAAAGGAUACCCCUAUUGUUCCGGAAUUUUUCGAUGUUUUGGAUCGGGUGCAGGCUAUACAUUCAGAAUGUAGGGUACUAAUGCAAUGUGGUUAUCAAACUGCGGCAUCAGAUAUUAUGGAAGAGAUGACUUUGCAUCAAGAGGGAGCCUUGGAAAGACUCUACAGAUGGACGCAGAAUCAUUGCAGAAAUUUGGAAAACAAUGAAAUUGGCCAGUUGGUUUGUCGGGCUAUGGGUAGGUUACAGGAUAGGCCUGUGUUGUUCAAAUAUGUGAUAGACGAGUAUGCCAUCGCUCGCAGAGCAGUCCUUGUACGCCAGUUUAUUGAAGCCCUGACAGAAGGUGGCCCAGGAGGCAAUCCAAAACCCAUUGAAAUGCAUGCCCAUGACCCCAAACGUUACAUUGGUGACAUGUUUGCCUGGCUGCAUCAAUCCAUUCCCACAGAAAAAGACAAUUUGAACCUACUCCUAAAGGAAUGCGAUAAAAACGAUAUAUCCGAGCAAAAACGCAAUGCUUUGGCAUACAUUGUGGAGGGUGUUUGCCACCCAUUGAAAGUUCGUGUUGAUACCAUUUUGACUUCGGAAAAAUAUCCAAUUGUGCUUUUUGCAAUUUCCAAUCUCUUGCGCUUCUAUCAACAAAUUAUGAGACAAGUGGUACCGGGAGGAUCAUUGGAACAAUGUUUAAUUGAUUUACAAAAGUCAAGUGAAGAGAUCUAUUUGAAUGCCCUGGCUGCUCAGGUGAAACACAUUUUACAAAAACCUGCUGGAUCUGCAGCAGAGCCACCACAAAGAGACUUGGUGCCACCGGCCAGUUUGGGACGUUUAUUAAAUCUCCUAAAAGAGAUACUUUCGGUGGCCACAAUGGUGGAUGGUCGUCAAUCGGAUAUUACAAAAAUUGUGUCCUGUAUUAUUGACCCUCUGCUGCAAUCUGUACAGGAGUCGGCUUCACAUUUGCCCACAAUUGAUAUGUCCGUAUAUUUGUUGAAUUGCAUUUAUCACAUGCAAAAUUCUUUGGCUGUCUAUGAGUAUAUGGAUGAAAGAGUCGAAAGACUACAGGCUCAGUCGGAGGCCCAAAUCGACACUUUGACCUCUGAACAAGCUUCCUCAUUGGUGGCAAAUCUUCAGCUAGGUCCAAUUUACACAAUAUUGCAAACAAAUCAGUCAAAAAUUGAAUCAAAUCUUUUGAAAAUAUUUAUGAACAAAAUGGAUGCAUUUUUACAAAUGCCCGAUGUAUUGUUGCUGCCCCAAAUCCAAUUGAUUAUGUCAAGUUCUCACCGUAAUGCUGUGCAGAAACGUUCCUUUAAUGUUAUCGUUGCCAUUUACAAGCAAAUCUAUGAACGUGUACAUGAUCCGGCCAAUGGUUUUGAACAUCCCGAGGCUAUAUUUUCAAAGACACCCGAACAGGUCUCCAAAAUAUUGGCUCUGUAAAGAAGGUAUUUAUGUAGUUUUGUUGUAGUUUAGUUGAGUGGUAAUUGAUUGCCUAUUUCCAAUAUUUCCAAAUGGAUAAAAAUAUAUUUUAAUAUCUAA